UAAAUUUGACUAUAUAUAAAGUAUAUACAUGAUUUAUAAACAAAAUGUAUAAAUUCAGAAAAGUGAUGACAUCAGAAGUAUCAUUUAAAUCCCAUAUAAUGAGGUAUAUACACACAAGGCCGUAUCAUAUGAAAGACCAGUUAUACAUCUCAGAAAUAAAAUGCAGUGAUUUCAAAUCUGGUUACCGCUUUAAACCUUUGAAACAAAAAAUCCUAACACUAAAACAAUUACAGCAUUACUCGAUUCCCGAACAGACAUUUUCUCCUCCCAAGAAGUUCUUUGCCUUUUCAAAUUCAUAAAACUUUAAUCUCUCAUAAUCUUUACCAUGCAAAACAGUCGAGCUUCAGGAAUACAUCUCGAGAGGCUAGUAUAGCAGCACUGUUAAAAGAGACUGCUUUCCAAAGGUUAGAGUCUAUGAUUUUAUGAAAAUUGAGGUGAUUCAGGAGCACAGAUUUAGAAUAUCAUGUAAUAAUGAUGUUAUAAUUAAAAAGAAAUAAGAACUAAUAGAAUAUUUUUACUUUAUCCUGACAAGAGAUAUUAAUUCAGGUUUCACACUUCACACAAACAAAACAGGAAACUGAAUAGCCAGUUUACUUAAAAUUCUAGAAAUUGAGCUUCAAUCUUAUUACUAAACAAAGUAUUUUCUGGUUGAAAUCGUGUCAUUGGUGUCUUUUUUUUUUUUUGUAAGUCAAUUUGGGCAGAAAUACCCUUCUUGCUCUGUAGCCCAGAGCAGAUUUCCUUCAGUAUUUCUUCCUUUACAUACCCACUCCCACACUGAAAUGAAUCCCUAUUUGAGGUAUUUGUUUCCUCCCUGUAGAGCACUUAGGCUCACUAGCAAAUAAUGCAUAUUUCACGUCUGAGCUGAACAAGAGCUGAAGGCUGAAAGCCCCAUUGGUAGAGUGCAAUCAAAGAUCAUUACACAUUUAAAGCAACUGAUGCUUAGAGAAAUUAACUGCAACUUAGCAGAGUCCAAACAAACAAAAACAAAAAGCAAAAACAAGGAAAAGGGAAUAGUUAUUUUGAGAAAAUAUAUGGAAUUUAAUUAAGAAUUAAAGCUUUUCCUUAGGAAAUAACUCGUUGAUACUACAUAGAAACUCCUUACCCCAAAAAAGCCUGGAGCAACCCAGACUCUUUGCAAAGAGCAUCAAGUAUUUAAGAGGCCUCAGAAGAGAGCUGUUAAGCAAGCAGGGGAUCUGGACAGAGGAGGAACAUUUAUCAAUCCUCACCAUAAUAAAUCAGAAUCUAUCCCUUGCUUUCAAAGUGGUCUAGAUAUAGAGCUAGCAAAAAUUGCUUCUCAACUAGGUACCAGCCUUUCAUGAGAAAAGGCAAGAACAAUAGGGAAAUAUUGUUGGGAAAUAAAAAUCUGCCAGAAAGCAGCAGGAGAGCUGGGAGAUGGAGACCUGCUCUCUCUGGGCUCCAGCAGAGCUCUGGAGAUCGGGGAUGUGAGCAGCUCGGCUGCCCUUGGUGCCUCUCGUGGGGCAAAGCCGCACCAGUAAGCCCAGUACGUCACCUGCUGAUGGCAGCCCCGGUGGCAAAUCCCUCCCGGCCUUUGUCAGGGGAGUUUGAUUGCAGCCAUGGCAACGCCUUUCCUCCAGACCAAAGUUCAAUUAUUUUACAUUUUUAUUACUGCUGCUGUUUGCUUAAAGUUUACCAGGAUAGCGUUCAGCUAGCACGCAGAGCAGAUUCCAGAGAGUAAAAGGAGAAAACCUCACGCUAAGCAGGGCCGAAAGGAAGAAAAUCCCCUGAACCCGUGGAAAAUUUCUGUCUGCCAAAAUGCCGACCAGAGAAAAAAAACUCAUGUUCGGAGCUGCUUUUUUAACCAGUGUUUUAUCUUUCGUGAUCGUUUGUGCCGUUCUCGGAACCCAGAGAUGGAUCAGCAGCACAGUCGACUUUUCCCGAACAAACGGCACCAUUUCGGUGACCGUCACCUACGGACUUUUCAGCGGCACCUGUGCCCAGACCUUCCAAGCCGGAGUUCAGGUUUCAGACUCUACUUUCCAAGUUGCAGAAACGCUGAACAGCACCAGAACGAAAGGCAUCAACAUCACGAUUAUCGUGCUUCUGGUCCUCAGUUUACUGAGCUCCCUUCUGAGCUCAGGGUUUACAUUCACCAACGCUGUGAGCAAUCCCUACCAGACGUUUCUGGGACCCAUUGGAGUCUAUACCUGGAACGCCAUAGGCGGGUUCUUCACGCUUGUGGUCAUGAUACUUUUUGCCGUGAACGUACAAGGCAACGACCUGUCUGUAGAGCUGGCCACCAAAUGUGCUUCUAUUCAAUCAAAUCAUAUCAAAUCUAAACACAAUUACGAUUAUUCCUACUGGAUCCUGCUGCUUCACAUUCUUUUUAGCUGUGGUACUAUAGUCAUCAUUUGUUUCUACAGCUGCGCAAGGUAUUCUAAGAAGAAAGAACAGGAAAGACCAAUUGAAAAUGCAUCAAAAGACGUCAUUCUCUUCUAAGGAUAUCACUGAAAAGAGGGUGUAAAAGAAAGUCUGACUAUUUAAUGUGGACA